AUCUCUUCUGUUAUCUCGGACGAUAAUCUCGAACGGUGAACGGUGUCAAAUCUCCGCGUGAUUAAUCCUUGUCGCUUUAUCGUUAUGGUGAAUGGUGUCGUAUUUAGCGACAGGGAAGACGGAAUAUGGGCCUAAAGGCAGCCGUUCAGGCUCUCAAGAAAGCGGAACCACUGAAGGACAAAGUUCAACGCUGCAAGGACCUGCUGAACGACAACGAUGCCUGGGUAUGUCAGCAGCAGUUGCAGAAGAUAUAUCAGCAGGUCCUCAUACUGGACCUGGAGUACGCCUUGGACAGGAAGGUCGAGCAGGAUCUGUGGAAUCUUGGAUUUAAGAAUUAUAUAGCAACGCUGCAGUCGCAGGCCAAGGACAGGAAGAAUCCCAAGCGCGGUGAGUCGCAGGCAUUGCUCAGUUGGUGUUUGGAGGCAGCCAGCGGCUUCUACCUGACCCUGUUGCAAGAAAUCUGCACCAUCUUUGACCUGGAUCUACCCUUCAGGAGGAAGGGCUACGUGUAUGGUUGUACGUCUCCAUGGAAGGCCGUUGAGAAAUUGUCCGCGCCUCACAAGUCGUCUUGCUUCUACGCCUGCCAAUAUUGCCUUGUACACCUGGGCGACAUCGCGCGCUACAGAAAUGAGAGCAAACAGGCCGAGAUGUUCUACAGGCACGCCGUCUCGCUGUCACCGUCGAGCGGACAGCCGUACAAUCAAUUGGCGCUCUUGGAGGCAUCCCGCGGCGACAAGUUGGGAACAGUGUUUCACUAUGCACGCUCGGUAGCCGUGAAGCACCCCUUUCCCGUAGCGACGGCCAAUCUCGCCAAGACCUUGUCGUCCGCCUUGAACGACAAGUCCUUCAAUAUCGACGGCAAGACCAAGCUGAGCUCGCAGGAGUAUAUCGCCGUCUUUCUCAAACUGCACGGAAUAAUCCACAACUUCGGGGACCUGAAGCUCGCCUGCGCGUAUAGCAAACUGUUGACAGAGACGUUGACCGCACUGGUCGCCACCGAGAGCUUCAGCUCGUGGAUGCUCAUACAGAUGCUGGUGAUCAACCUGUACGCGCUGCAACACGCCGCCGGCAUCGUCGCCGACAACGCGGAAUUGCUGAAGAACGAGCACCUGUCCAACGACGAGAAGCUCGCCCGCGACUGCAUACUGGACCUAAUCGCGGGUACCCUGUCCGCUCUGCUGUUACCCGUCUACACGAUAAAGGACUCCAUCAUCGAUUACUUCGCGUUGCCUUCUAUAAAACUGUGCCUUGAUUGGAUCCGCAUAAAACCCACGGUUUUAGAGGAGACUGCUUUCACGUCGAGAUUACAGAUUUGGCCCAGCCUUUGCAUGCUGUUAAACGCUCUGCAGAACUGCGUGGUGGAUUUUAAGCACAGCGAGUACGCCGCAGUGCCACUGCCAGAGGACCGCGACCUUCAAGGUUUUCUGCCGUUGGAGAGGAGCUUUGAGAGUCUCAGAUUCACGAACACCGACUUGGAGGGCGACAUCGUGACGUUGAACAAGUUACGUGCCGUGCGUAUUCUGCAUCUGGGUCGUUGCCUCGCUCAGCAUCAAGUAAACGGCUCGGCGCCGAUCUCCAUCACGACGGAGGAGAAAACUGGGGAUAAUAAAUUCACCUCGAUGAGCAACGGCGCCGGUCUCAGCAACGAGUUGAUGAAGGAGCUCGAGGAACUCAGCAUGAAUAAGGACAAGCAACUGAACGCUUCUGUGAGCCCGGUAUUGUCAGAAGCGGCCAGCAGCAAGUGUUCCGUGGAGACCGAUGUUGAAAUAGCUACCGACAGGAAAGUUUUCCAGGGCAUCCUUAAGCCGCAAGGCUCCCUGGAACGGAACAGGGAUUCUCUAACGAACACCGUGCCGGAGACUAACAACACCGAGGCGAGCGUUUUGCCGUGCGUGAGAAAACCGCGGCAAAACAUAGCGAUGCAAGCGAUCAUGCGACGGGCGGAGACCGAGCAGAAGCAAGUGACGUUCAAGAAUGUAUCGCCGGUGAUCGUGGAGGAGGACAGCGAUAGGAAGACGAAAGCGGCAGCCGUUCCGCCGGUCGGUGCUUGCGCCGCGACACCGAAACCGAUCCCGGAAAUGGUCAAGGCUAACGAUAGCCCAGCCGCGAACGCGCUCGUUACCGCUCAGACUCGGUCAUCGGCGAUGUCGCUCGGCUCACCCGCCGCCGGCCAGUCCGCGUCGCUUCAGAAUCAGCAGAGAGUCGCGAAGUUGCCACCCAGCAUCCCGAUGCCCCCUCAGAUGAGCCAACUGACGGGAAAGGAGCAGGCUCAACAGAUGUUGCCGCAGAUGCCGCACAUUCAACCGGUGCAGCAGCAACCUCCACCGCUGGGUGGACCGGUCUGCUAUCCGAAUCAAUCGUUCAACGUGCAGAAUCCGCAGUUCGCCAAGAACUUCAUGGCGAGUCGGCCGACGGUGGGCAACGCGCCGCGCUAUCAGAUGCAGGGUCAGCUCAAUAACGGCCAGCAACAAUCGCCGAUGUCGCAAGCCAUCGGGGCGAUGCAUCAGCACGCGAUCACUCAGAGCCGGCAGUUGCACCAGAGGAUGCCGCAGAACGUGUCACACAGUCCGGCGCAGCUGCUGCAGCAGACCAUGCGACUCGGUUCUCCCGCUCAGCAGGCUAUGUUGCCGCAGAGUAUGAACUUGCAGGCGGCCAACGUGGGCUUGCAACCGGGCCUGAGCGUGGAGCAGCAGAGCCACGCGAUGGGACUGCAGGCGCAGCAGCAGAGCAUGAUGCAGAGCAACGGCAGACUGGCGAACGCCAUGCACAAUCAGUUGAACGUGAACGGUAACGCGUCUAUGGCGAGCGUGCCCAUGAUGCCGGUGUUGUCCGGCUAUAAGAAGGAUCCGACGCAGCAACAGCAGCAGCAAGUGACGACUCUGACGAACUCGCCGAGCCCGACGGGCGCGUCGAACUUCCAGCUGAACUUCAGCCAGAGUAACUUCGGACAAGGCGCUUUCGGCUGCCAAGCGUUACCGCAGAACCAACCGUCGCCGUCAUUCUACAAGAAGAACGCCGAGAUGGUGGACUUCGCCUUCCCCACUCAGGUGAAUAUGACGAAGAAUCAGUCGCAACAACAGCAACAACAGCAGUCACCGGCGAACAGUUACAACAUGUUCUGCAACUACGAGCCCACGGAGCACUUCAAUCUGUGGAAGGAUAGUCGGCCGCCGCAGCCGCCGAUUACCUGGUGGGGUUCUUCGACCGGUAACGUCAGCCAGAUGCAUAUGAAGGACUCGACCGGCAUUGAAAACGCGUUCUCCAACUGGAGCGACUCGUCCAACUCGGGGAACAUGGCGAACAGGGUACCGUUGACGCCCGGCAAGAAUUACCAGCAGCAGAACGGCAGACAUCUCGUCGCGGCAAACAGCUUCGAGGAUUCCAGAUUGUUCGAACUGGACCAGAAGCCGUCGCAAGCUGUGAGCACCGGGAACACUUACUCAUUGUUUAGCGGCAAUACAUGGAGCACCGUUAACACGCCGAUUUCGAGCUCGACCAAUCAGGAUCAGAUGAAAGCGCGGUCCCUGUGGUCGGGACCGGGUCCGUCUCCGUUGGAGCGGCUGUUGGAGCAACAGAAGUCGCUGCGCGAAGGCGGUACCACUUGAAAGGUCACGUCGCAACUGCUGAGACGGCCAGGCAGAGUGUAAUUUUCAGCGUAUGCCGAUUUAAAGCAACCACACACGGGCGUGUGCGGCGACGGAAGGUUUUCCGCGCGCGCGUAAUGAAACAAAAAAAAAAUCACUUAUCUGUUCGAGCGGGAGACGUGCCGCAAAUUCUGAAAAAUCAAUGGUAGGAGCGGCAAACGAGAGGUUCGGCUGGAGUCCCCUUGUUGCGUCUCCUCGACCUCGAGGCAUUAUGACAUGCGCAGGGGAAGUAUAGUCCUCAUCAUUUUUUAUGUUUGUUUUUUUUUUUCUCUUAAUCGCGUGUACGAGAGCCCCGGCGAAGGAAGUUCUCGAGACGCGCCGCUCACGCGACUCUCGCAGCGAAUUUCUCGCAAACCGAGCGAUUUCAAAGGAAAACACGAGCAAAAAGGGGGAGAAAGGGGGGGAGGGCGAGCAAGACAAGUGACGGAUGAUUUAACAGAUGACAACUUAAUUUGCACGGGAUUAAAUAAGCAAGCAACAAAAAAGCAAAAAAAAUGUACUAUUAGAGGUGCAAGGUGCAAGUAGCUCUUAGCGUAUGUUAAUUAGUGCGCAGGAAAUUAAGGGAAAUGUAGACGCUAAUUACGAGCGAAACGCGCGCGUCUCUCUUCUGUAUCUCGGCGACAUACUUAGGAGAUACUGAUAUAUCGCGCGAGUGUAAUUUCAAACCGGAACCCGAUCAGCAAUGUGUCGUCACCGAACACCGCGUCGUUUCGCCUCAAUUCCUCGUGUCAUCACGAUUGCGCCGACUACGUAAAUUAGGAUGAACGGCUAUUACGGAUGAACACUCGUUCUUGUUUCUUUUGUUUUUUAUGUAAUGACUUUAUUUCACAUUAAAAUAUUAACAACGAGUUCCUUUUGUAAUAACACACAUACAUAAGUUGUAGCAUGCGUCAUAUUCGAAGUGUAACAUCACGAAGUAUGCUCCUUCGUUUCGUCACGGCGAAGUUCUUGAAAAAAGAAAAAAAAUCAUUCCGAAAAAAAUCAAGACUUCUGAUAUUAUA